GCUGGCCAUGGAGCAGACGAGCUCGUCGGCGCAGCUCGAGUCCUUCACGCCCCAGGGGCUGGCGAACGUUCUCUGGGCCCUCGCCCAGCUGCGGGUGGCGGGCGUCGGCAAAGGCCCACAGGACAGCGGCGUGCGCAACACGCUCGUUGCCAUGGCCGAGGCCUCCGCAGGCCGCCUAUUGGAGUUCCAGGCUCAGGAGCUCUCGAUGGUGGCGUGGUCGUAUGCGAAGCUCUACGAGUUCAAGAAGGGAGAAGUGAUAGGGAUACAACUGAUACCUUGUCCUCCAGCCUGCCCUUCCAUAUCGAGGGACUACGUGAAGCAUUGGCCUGCCUCACACAGCCGACCUUUUGUGGUUCUCAGGCACUCCCAUCAGAUGUUCGUGACUCCUUGACGUUUCGCGUACUUCCCAUCAGCCCAUCCAUCAACGGUACCAGGGCGAGUUCUAUUGAUCAGGGCAGUGUUGGAGCAUGCCGUGGAACGAAAAAGAGGCGGG